AUGACGACCACAUCAGGCACCAUCUUGUCGCUACCCAACGAGGUGUUGUUGUCUGUUGCAGACCAUCUUUGCUUGGGUGAUUUAUAUGAAUGUAAUCGCGUGUGUCGUCCAUGGCAUUAUAUAUUUCGACAAGCAUUGUAUCGCAACAUCGAUAUACACGAUACAUGUUCAGCCGAUUCGCUUGUUGCAUCCUCGAUACCCCUUCAUGCGAUUCGUCACCUUUACCUUGCCAAUCAAGUCGACGUUCAUAGUGCAACGAUGUCAGCUUUCCCAUGGUCUCGUCUUCAAUCGCUUCACACAACCCAAUUGGUCCUUGAGUCAAUACCUAUCCAAUCCACUUUUCUCUCGUCUCUCACGCUUUCCAAUGUCCAAAUGGAAACACUUGCGCCUUUUUUCACUCAUAUGGGUCGCCUUACAAAGUUGUCACUGAACUUGACUGGUGGUGGGGAGUUGUUGAUAAGCGACGUUGAUCACAUUCUGCAAGCGUGCCCAUAUCUUGUGACACUUGAGCUGCAGGGUGAUGUGCUAUCAUCAUCAAACCUUAUCCGCCAGAUUUCCUCAUCAGAGAUCCAAACACGGCUUUCUAGACUUACCAGUUUGGCGAUCCGUUUUAAGCGAUUUGAUUAUGACGCAGCUGUACCAUGGUUUACAUACAUUGCAAACACUUUACAUGCGUUACGUCACUUGACUCUUGAAGGGGAGAGCGUCAUGGUAGACCUUGUAGAACAGCAACAUCAGCGACCAAUCAACCAACAAGUGGAUGCAGCAUUUGUUGCGUGUGUUGGUGUCACACGUUUACCCCUCAAAUCAAUGAGAUUACGUUAUCUGGGUUAUCUUCUACGUCCCGAUUUGUACUUGCUCUUGGUGCACCGUAUACCCAACGUCGAUUUACAAGGCAUCGAAUUACAGCUAUGCAGGGAAGGAUGGCUAGAGCGCAUAUUGACAAGUAUGCAUUCAGCCGUACAAAGCUUAUCAGUAUCCAUGGUUUAUCCACGUGCGCUUUGCACCUCACCCGUAUUGCGUACUUGCCAAUCUUUACGUGAACUUACCAUUGGGCGUACAUCUGGAUUUUGCAGCAGCCGUGGUCAUUGGCAACUACCCUUGGUGGAUAUCUUAGCACAUGCAACAUCGCUUGAUUCACUCACUCUUUGUCAAGUCACCCUCACAGACGCUGAUGACAACAACAACGUUGCAUUGGAUGCUGGGAUUCACCAUCGUUUACGUCGUUUAGUAUUGAAAGGUGUGGUAUUAUCGAAUCAUGUGUUUCAACGAGUGGCACAAUCAUGUCCCAACAUGGAUUGGUUGGAAAUGAAUCAGUGCAAAUGGAUGGAUAGUCGGCAACAGCAACAAGGUCAAAUUCCAACACCUGGUAAAAUCCAUUUACCUCAGCACCAUCUUCGCAUGAUCGACAUUUCACAAUCCGGGCACUUGUACAAUUUGAAAGGAUACCAGCUACUAGCAUUAAAUGGAAGGCAAUGGCUGAAGUCGACGAGUAAGAAGGAUCAAAGUCGAGAGAUAAAGACGUGGCAACAAUUGAGAGAAGCACACAAGAUACCAAGGCGAUGUGAAUUGGUGAAUCCAUAUACGGUAACAGACCUGGAGAUAUGGCAUCAUGGUCAUCUGGAGUUGUCAUGUGCUUCAGUGGAACAUUUUUACUUUAAUGGAUCUCGUGUUCCUAUACCCCUCCUCCUUUCCUGA